UCUUACUUGACUCCAUAAAAGUCUAUGCCACAAACUCUUGGUAUAAAGCCAAAAUGCGUUACCUAAGAUAAAUCUUAUGUUAUGAAACUUUUUGAGUGAGAGAGGGCGGGGAAAUAGACAAAAGCAGCUGCACGGUCAUCAUCACACAGCAGCUCCUCCCAUAGAGGGCAAACACCUCCCUCCUGCUUUAGUUCACUCCCAUCACACUGAGGUUAAAUCACCCUCAGACAGCUCCACAGUCCACUACAACUAGCCACAGGUUGCUCUCAGACUGGAACACAGAUGUGACUGCAUCUGAAUGAGGAUACUAAUUCUCUACCUGUUAAUCACCAGCCUGGCACACAUUAAUUUCAGUGUUUGAUCUUAGACAUUUGACUGACGUGUGGCUCUCUGCCUUUAUCUGCCUGAGCAUUUUUGGCCGCUCCCCUUAGGAGCACGUUUGGACCUCCUGAACCAGACCGAUCAUUUGCAGAGUGGCACAUUUUAAGUGUGCAUCUACAAAAAGCCAGAGGAAUGAAUUUUGAUGAAAUUCUCUGUCUUAUUGGGGGCUUUGGGAAGUUCCAGAAGAUCUUGUAUGUAUGGAUCUGUGUACCUCAGAUCUUUCUGGCAUUCCACAUGCUGGUCUCUGUCUUCACCGGGGCUGUUCCUCCACAUUUAUGCCGCUCCACGUGGCCCUCAGCGGGCGUUCCGGCCUCUUCGAACUUCAACCUCAGCCUUUUGUCCGCCCCUGAUGGCAGAACCGAACUGUCCUGCGCAACCCCCUUGAACCACAGUGGUGCUGUAGCUGUUGGCGAUGGGCACCCUACAGGGAGCUGCCAAGGGGGCUGGGAGUAUAGCACAGAAACCUUCCAAAGCACCAUAGUAACUGAGUGGGACCUGGUUUGUGAUAGUGCCAACCUGAACAACAUGGGCGCCUCCAUCUACAUGUUUGGCCUCCUAGUUGGAGCAAUUGUGUUUGGGAGCUUAGCUGAUAAGUACGGUCGGAGGAUCAUCAUCCUCAUUAACUUGGCAUCCCAGGCAAUCUUUGGGGUUGGCGCUGCUUUUGCCCCUAAUUUCUACAUCUACAUAGCCCUCCGCUUUAUGGUUGGAACAUCCAUCUCUGGUGUCAUCAUGAAUGCCUUUGUCCUUGGCACUGAAUGGACAGGAUCCAAGCAGCGCAUGCUGGCUGGUAUAAUCACUGACUACUUCUUCGGCUUUGGCUACAUUCUGCUGGCCGGAGUGGCGUACCUCAUAAGAGACUGGCGUAAACUGCAGCUGGCUAUCUCAGCACCUGGAUUCCUCUUCAUCUUCUACAUCUGGGUGUUGCCAAAGUCAGCUCGCUGGUUAAUGACCAACGACAGGAAAGAGGAGGCAUGGGAACUGAUCCGGAAAGCAGCGCAGAUGAAUGGGAAGCCCCUCAGCAAAGAUUUGGAGAUGUGUCAGGUCUAUAAAAGUGAGGAGCGAACAGAGAGAGCGAAGAAAAAACACUCAUUCAUAGACCUUGUUCGAACCCCAAAAAUGAGGAAGCAGUCUCUGAUUAUUUUUUAUCUCUGGUUUGCCAACGUGCUCGUGUACUACGGUCUGUCUCUCAACAUCUCUGACUUUGGAAUGAACAUCUAUCUGACCCAGAUGAUCUUUGGCCUGGUGGAGAUGCCUGCACGCACUAUCACCCUGUUCACCCUCAACCGCUCCCGCAAGAUCUCCCAGCUGGCUUUCCUGGCUGUGGGUGGCACUGCCUGCCUGCUGACCAUCUUCAUUCCCAGUGACCUGUCUGUCAUUAAAACUGUGCUGGCAAUGAUUGGGAAGUUUGGGAUCACGGCCUCUCUGUCCAUUAUUUACGUCUACUCAGCUGAGGUGUUCCCCACUGUUAUCAGACAAAAUGGGAUCGGUAUAGGCUCCAUGUGUGCUCGGACCGGAGGGGUCCUGGCUCCCAUGAUGCACCUCUUGAGGAGUAUCAGUCCACAGGCUCCCAUGAUUCUGUGUGGCCUGUGCCCUCUGCUGGGCUCUGCCCUUACCCUUCUGCUACCUGAGACUGCCAAUAAGCCCCUGCCUGACACCAUCGAGGACGUGGAGGGAUCCAACCUCAGUGAGGAGGAUGGCAGUGGGAAGCCAGUCGUCUCCGAGGCUUCUCAAACAAAAACAGUCCGCAGCACCAGGACGGACUGAUGGACAUGAUAUACAGUAUUUUUCAGGACUGUUCCAAAGGAAAACUGCUCCCACCAUCACAAAGACUGUUGCCACAUGGCCAGAGGGUGCCUCCCAGCAGCUACAGGACUGCUUUGAGAGGACCAACUGGGGGGUCUUUGAACAUCAGGAUCUGGAAGUGUUCACAGAUAGUGUUCUGUGCUACAUUAAGAACUGCAUAGACACUGUCACAGUGUACAAACGCAUCCGGGUCUACCCCAACCAAAAGCCCUGGAUGAGACAGGGGGUCCAGCAGCUGCUAAGGGAGAGGAACACCGCCUGGAGGUCUGGCAACUAAGAACUCUACAGCACAGCCCGAGCCAACCUGAAGAGGGGCAUCAGAGAGGCCAAGGCAGACUACAGGAGGAGGAUAGAGGACCACCUGAGCAGCAACAACAGCAGGCAAGUGUGGCAGGGAGUUCAGCAUCUGACCAACUACAGACCCAACCUCGGAGCUGCUGAAGGUGACCUCGCACUGGCAGAGGAGCUGAACAUCUUCUUUGCCCGCUUCAAGGUCACAGCACCAGAGAUGGCACCACUACACCACUGGGCAAUUGAGGAGCAUGAGGUGAGGCGCACGCUGUGGGCCAUCAACCCGAGGAAGGCGGCUGGUCCUGAUGGCAUCCUGGGAUGCGUGCUGAAGGACUGUGCAGAUCAGCUGGCUGGAAUCUUCAAAAAGAUCUUCAACCAGUCCCUGGAACAGUCCACUGUCCCACCCUGCCUGAAAUCCUCAACCAUAGUCCCACUGCCCAAGAAACCUCACAUCUCUAGCCUCAACGAUUACAGACCAGUAGCACUCACCCCAGUGGUGAUGAAGUGCUUUGAGAAACUGGUCCGUAGUCACAUCACAGCUGCCCGGCCCCGCAGCCUUGAUCCCCACCAGUUUGCCUACAGAGCGAACCGAUUUACAGAAGACGCCAUAGCCAUAGCACUACACACUGCACUAUCACACCUGGAGCAGCAGGGGAGCUAUGUGUGGAUGCUCUUUGUGGAUUAUAGCUCUGCAUUCAACACCAUGCUCCCUCACAGGCUAGUAGUCAAACUGGGCGACCUGGGGCUUCCACACACCACCUGCAUGUGGAUCAAUAGCUUCCUCUCCGACCGCAGACAGAGGGUCAGAGUGGGCCAUCAUACAUCAACGGCCUUAAGCCUCAGUACCGGCUCUCCCCAGGGCUGUGUGCUGCGUCCCUUGCUCUACUCCCUCUACACACACGACUGCUCCCCUGUCCAUCACAGCAACACCAUGGUGAAGUUUGCGGAUGACACCACAGUGGUGGGGCUCAUCUCCAGGGGGGAGGGCGAGUCUGCCUAAAGAGAUGAGGUGGAGUGGCUGUCAACAUGGUGCAGGGACAACAACCUGCUCCUCAAGACCUCAAAGACCAAAGAACUCAUCAUAGACUACAGGAGAAAUAAAACAGAGAUCCCACCAUUAAUCAUCAGCGGGGACUGUGUGGAGAGGGUGGCAGACUUCUGCUUCCUGGGAGUCCAUAUCGAGGAGGACCUUUCAGCAGAGACUGUACUUCCUGAGAAUACUCAGGAGAAAUAACAUCACACAAAGACUGCUGGUGUCCUUUAGCGUGCCUCCAUUGAGAGCAUACUAACAUACUGCAUAUGUGUAUGGUACACCAGCUGCACAGCGGCUCAGAGGAAUGUGCUCCAGAGGGUCAUCAACAUCGCUCAAAAGAUUGUUGGCUGCCCUCUCCCCACACUGGAAGAACUACACAGUUCCCAUUGCCUCAAAAAAAGCCCAGAACAUCAUAAAGGACACCCACCAUCUUGGUCACUCCCUGUUUGAACUGUUGCCUUCAGGCAGGAGGUACAGAUCAAUUAAAGCAAGGACAAAUAGACUCAAACACAGUUGUUAUCCAACUGCAAUAACUACCCUCAAUGCUGCACAAAAUAAAGUGCAAUAUGGACUCAGAUAUUAAAUGGAUCAAUGCAAGGACAGAUGGUAUGCAUGCCUGCAGAUGAAUGUUUAUACUGUUUUUAUGCAAUAACUGUGUGUUCAUUCUUUUUUUAUGCAAUGAAUGGGUGUGUAUGACUGUGUGUCUAUGUAUGCUGCUCGUGAUGUUAUAUGUUUCUACUUAUUUUUUUAGGUAACACUAGCACUUAAAUUAAUUAGUAUUUUAUAUUUCCUUUUUUUCUAUGAAUGAUGCGCUGACUGGAGAGCCUGUGACAAUGACAAUAAAGAUCUAUUCUAUUCUA